GCAGCUGACGACCAAUUCACGAUUUUGAUUCCAACUCGUGACCAUCUGCUCGCACCUCACCUCACCUCACCUCACCGCUGAACGUUGUACACCAGCUUCAGACUCUCAUUAUACGCAGCAAACACUCGCGCAAGUCGCUCGAGCUCAUUCAUCACAGCCUCGCAAGGCCUGCGCUCACGACGCUGUACCAUCAAAGCUUCCAUUGCCCCGGCCACUGUCGCACAUCACAUCUCCUUUGUCAUUGCAGCCUAUUCCCUCGACUCUUGCACGUGCACUCAUCACGAAGUGUACACUCUUGACUCCUCACUUCAGCUCAUCAUGUCGAGCGAGGCCAGCGUCAUACACGUGCAGGGCAUCGCUCCCAACACCUCCCUCACCGCUCUCAACGACUACUUUUCCUUCGUAGGCGAUGUCGAAUCGGUGCAGUUCGAUGCUUCCGUCGCCCACGCCAGCGCCAGCGCCAGCGCCACGUCCAAAUCUGCAAAGGUCACCUUUAAGCGUCCUUCGGCCGCCACUUCUGCCGUCAUGCUGUCGGGAGGCGUGGUAGAUGGGUCCGUCCUGACCAUCACCCUGCCCUCUGCCGCAUCUGCAGAGAAAGCAGCCGAGGCGGAAGUGUCGACCUCCACGACUGCAUCAGCAAGCAGCGUGACUCCCGAAUCCGUGGCUCAGGAGGACAAACCUCGCACAGCUAGGAUCGCCGAGCUCUUGGCUCACGGCUACACCAUCUCUGAUGAUGUUGCUCAGCGAGCCAUCGCUUACGACAAGCAGCACGGUCUCUCCAACAAAUUCCUGGCCUACUUGUCAUCGCUGGACAAGAGUCUGGGAGAGCAGAUCAGCAAACGUAAUGUGGGUGGUGUCAAUCUGACCGAAAAGACGGAGCACACGCCUAGCGGAAGCGCGGCCAAUCUAAGCGCUACGGAAAAGGAAGCCCAGUCUGCUCCUGUCCCCGGCGAUGCACCUGGUCAGCCAGAUGGUCCAAAGACGACGACUACUGUACCUGCUGAUGCGUCCCAAGCAAAGACCGCCUCUGCUCACGCUCAAAAGGCUGUGGAGGGUCUGCGAGGAAAGGCGGGCGAAGUGCUGGCUAGACCAGAAGUCAAGGCUCGCACCGACUUUGCUUGGGCCAAGUUCAACGAGUACUACUCUGCCGUUGCGAAUCACCCUCGUAUUCACUCUUUGUACACGUCAGCACACAAGACGGUGACCGAUGUGCACGAGGAAGCAUCGCGCAUCGCUGCAGAGAAGAAGCAGGCAGCCGGCAGCGCGCCCGAUCCUGCUCUUCCUCCACGUCCAGCUCAGAGCGGUCUUCCCCUGGUCCUCGUAGCCCUCAUCUGCCUCGUCUUUUUCAACAUGCAGCAAGUUGCUUUGGCGCAUUCCGGCGGCGCAGAGGAUCUCAUCGAACCCGCUGAGAUAGCUCACGAGAAGCCUCACAAGAAGGGUCAGGAGAGCUACAUUCAACGUCAUAUGGCCAGCGAGCACCACAUUGGGGCUUUCGACCUUGGCGCCUUCUUUUCCCUCCACGAUCUCAACCGCGAUGGUAUCCUCGACCGCCCCGAGAUCGAGGCUAUUUACGGCGUGCACCACAGCGAAUCGGUCAAGGUCUCACCUACCUACGAAGUGCACGAUGCCAAGGCCGAUCACAUCGUCAGCGAGGUGCUUCGUCGUCUAGACCACAACAGGGAUGGCGUCGUGACCAAGGCAGAGUUCAUCGCAGCUGGACCGGACGGGCUUCCAUCCUUUGAGCAGUACGGCACGAGCUCGCUGGGUCAUCAUUACGACGAAGAGUCGGAGUACUUUGUGCACCACGAAGAGAUCUACCACAAUACGCCCGAGACGCAAGACGACUCUGCCUACACGCACAAGGAAGACUUGGAGCACUUUGCGCAUCAUCAACAGAUUGAGGAUGAAGAGGAGCGCAGAGAGAGAAAAGCGGAGGGACUGCCCACGAAGGAGGAGGAUGAGAGACGUCGAAAAGAGGCAGAGGCCAAGGGACAAAAGUAUGUCAGCCCUUACGAGGCUCAGAUGCCUUCUGAUCACAGCCCCGCUGCUCCUCAACGGGCCUACGAGUCGCACGACGGAUGGAAUGGAGCGGCGUUCGAGGCUCAAGUAGCCACGGAGCACACGUUCCACACGCCGGAUGGCGUGCACGUGGUCAAGACUGCGCCGGAUGAGGCGCUCAGGGCGCACUUGGCCGCUACGGAGCACAAGCAGCACUUGGAGAAGGAGCCGGGCGAGACGGAAGAAGGCUUCAAAGCUCGCGUUGCAGCGCACGCCCAGAGAAAGUUGGCGGCAGAAGCGUACGCAAAGGCGAAUCCUGCUUUCAACGAGGCCAACGGAGGUCCUCAAGCAGCAUCAGCGGCUUCUGGCGCCGCCGCCGCCGCCGCCGCCGCUGGUCUGACGGAUGAGAGGGAUGCCAAGACGGGAGAGUUGAAAAGGAGACCGGGAGAGUCGGAGACGGAUUAUGGCAAGAGGAAACAAUUGGCCAGAUUCAAUGAUGCCAAGGGAAGAAGCUCCUUUAGACCUUCUAGGGACGAGACUAGAAAGGCCGCCCCGUACAAGUACCCUCCUAUUCAAAAACAACAGUCGCGCGUCAAGCCAGGUUCUUACUUUGGAGAAUUCUAAUACACGAAGAAGCGGGGGGCGGCGCAGUGCCGUGAAGACUUGAACUCAGGGGGUUGGGAUCUGGAAGGGAAAAAGCCGAAAGUGAUCAAGAAGGGGGAU